AUGACGGCUGUCGCAGUUCAACAGCCUGGGGCGCACCGCCAACAAUACAAUCCUCGACAAUCCUCUCACUCUUCCAACAUGGCUUCCCCUCACCAGUCCCAAUCACAGCCUCAGAGCUACACGUCUGCCGUCCCUUCACAGCUGCAGCGACAAGCUCCUCCUCUCCAAAACGGCACGUCAGGCCCCGUGAAUCCACGGCCUGCCGUGAGCAAUGAUCCGGUCCAGAUUUCCGAAUACCAAACUUUGCCUUCAGAGAUGGAUCAUCGCAGGCAGUCAUCCUCGGCCGGCAAAGCUCCACCACAUAAUGGCGGCUCUGUCCGGUCCCAAUGGCCUCUUCUCCAGCCGCGACCAACUACAGCCCCCGGCGACACGGCGGAAUCUUCUUCCCAGGAUGAUUCAGACUUGGAGAGAAUAAAGCGCAGACCCAAACCUUUACUUCACAGAUCAAAAAGCGACUAUGGACCUCGUGCAGAAGAUGUGAACCCACAAGGCGAGGAGGAGUGGCAAGGCUGGGGAGCACGGCAUGGUUUUGAGGACCACUAUGCGUCGGAAGAAUAUGUCUCGCAGUUGGCAAAUGUAGGCCCAAGUCUUGUCUACAUCAUGGCACAUGCUGCUAAUACUCAUACCACGGGGGUAACCAAUGAUCGCGGUCCAUGGCGCCGCAAUGCUGACCAGUGCCCCACCAUUGUUAUGGCUAUUAUCGAGCGCCAUACAAAUAUUCAUCGUCGCAAUGAGCGCUGCAAAACUUUAUCAUCAUGGCCGGUUCUUCUUGAAAUUAUCACUGACAAUGCUGAACAGAACUGGUACAUGUACUUUACCGAUAAGCGCCAUGAAACGACCGGCAACCCGAAGGCACUGGGGUACGAACUGCAAGACUGGCGAAUGAAAGAUCGUCUGAAAACUGUCUCUGCGGCAUUAGCCAUUUGUCUGAAUAUUGGAGUCGAGCCUCCCGAUCAGUUGAAGACUAUCCCGGGUGCCAAACUAGAAGCCUGGCAAGACCCUACUCAACCUCCAGUCCAGAAGGCCUUGGACACCAUUGGCAAAUCGCUGCAGGCGCAAUAUGAAACCCUGGCGAUUAGAACAAGAUACAAGCAAUAUCUGGAUCCUUCUGUGGAUGAAACAAAGAAGUUCUGCGUCUCCCUCCGACGAAACGCAAAAGAUGAGCGGGUUCUGUUCCAUUACAACGGGCACGGUGUACCUAAGCCGACAGCAUCCGGCGAAAUAUGGGUCUUCAACAAAAACUACACGCAAUACAUCCCUAUCUCCCUCUACGAUCUCCAGACAUGGCUUGCCGCACCAACAUUCUUCGUCUGGGACUGUUCCGAUGCCGGUAACAUCCUUAGCAAUUUCCACCGCUUUGUUGAGAAGCAUGAGCAGGAAGAGGCAGAGGCUGUAGCAAAGGACCCCAAUUAUCCCGCUGUGACCUUCAAGCCUUACAUCCAUCUGGCAGCAUGCGGCAUCAGAGAGAGUCUCCCAACCAACCCCCGCCUUCCAGCAGAUGUGUUCACAUCAUGUCUUACCACCCCGAUAGAAAUGGCGUUGUGGUUUUUCUGCUUACAAAGUCCUCUACCAUCGAAGACCACGCCAGAGCGAGCAAAGAAGCUCCCAGGAAGAUUGCAGGAGAGACGAACACCACUAGGAGAACUCAACUGGAUAUUUACAGCUAUCACAGACACCAUUGCAUGGACGACCCUUCCUAGACCGCUCUUCCGAAAGUUCUUCCGACAGGACCUCAUGGUGGCUGCGCUCUUUCGGAAUUUCCUCCUCUCACAGAGAGUUAUGGGCGCUUAUAAUUGCCAUCCCCAGUCGUAUCCAGAGCUUCCCGACACCCACCAGCACCCACUUUGGGAAAGUUGGGAUCUCGCAGUAGAAAUGGCCUUAGCCCAGCUGCCUAUGUUGGAGGAGAAAGAACAGGGUAUUCGGCCUGACUAUGAAUACCAGAACUCGACUUUCUUCACAGAACAACUCACAGCUUUCGAGGUUUAUCUCACCCAAGGCGCCGUUGAGCACAAGGCUCCGGACCAGCUCCCCGUGGUACUACAAGUGCUCCUCAGUCAGCAACAUCGGGUACGGGCACUCAUCCUCUUAGGCAAGUUCCUCGAUCUUGGCCCGUGGGCUGUCAAUCUUGCGUUAAGCAUUGGCAUUUUCCCCUAUGUGUUGAAGUUGCUGCAAUCAGCUGCCACGGAGCUAAAGCCCGUCAUGGUGUUUAUUUGGACUCGUGUUUUGGCUGUUGAUCUCACUUGCCAAACGGAUCUCUUAAAAGACUCGGGCUACACAUACUUUGCCAACAUCUUGAAACCAACUGAAGGUCUGCCAGUCGUUGAUAGUCUCGAGCACAAGGCAAUGUGUGCCUUCAUCCUUGCUAUGCUCUGCAACGGGUAUAAGCAAGGUCAAAUGGUCUGCAACCAGUCCGAGAUUAUGUCCCACUGCUUAAUGCACCUUCAAAACGCAGAUAACCCACUCUUGAGACAGUGGGCAUGCCUAUGCAUCAGUCAACUCUGGAGCGAGUUGCCGGAAGCCAAAUGGAGAGGCAUUAGGGAAAAUGCGCCGGCGAAACUGUGUACCUUGAUCAGGGAUGUCUGCUGCGAGGUUCGAGCUGCUAUGCUAUACGCCAUGACCACCUUUCUGGGCAUUCCCGAUCUCACCGAUGAGGUUGCCCGUAUCGAAGAAUCCAUAUCCUGGACCGUGAUGGAAAUGGCCAAUGACGGAAAUGCCAUGGUUCGCAAAGAGCUCUUGGUGUAUUUCUCGAAAUUCAUCCAACGAUAUGAGAACAAGUUUAUGGUGGCCGCUUUCGAGCAGCUUCAAGAAGACCGGGAUUACCGCCAAUCCCCACCCCAGGAUGACGGAAAUGACCACAAGAUGGGCCUGCACUAUGCUCGACCAGAGAACCGUGAUCGAGAUGGGACGAUUAAACCUUCGGCCCACGGAGUAUCUCACAACUCUAUAUUUGCUGCGGUUUGGAAGCACGUCCUCAUAAUGGCUGUUGAUCCUCACCCAGAGGUUCAGCGUAAUGCUACUGUCGUUGUUGAUUAUAUCCACAGCAGCAUCUUGCAAUCUCCUCUCAGUGUGCCUGCCCAGGCCAUAAUUGACAAUAUCAACCGUCGAGGGGCCAAGUCAGCCGUCUCAAAUAAUCAUUCAUCGGACUACCGACCUAGUACACCUGUGCGCCAAGAGUCAGCGGUAACAACUCCGAAUACACAGCAAGGGCUUCUCAAGCGGACUGCUAGCUAUUUGUUCACGUUGCCAUUUGGCGGUGGUUCAAGCGCUGAUACUUCACCUGGGGACUCGUUUGGUCGAAAUACACCGAAAUCACCUGGUAUGCAGAGAAAUUCUCUCCCAAUGCGAUCCAGACUGCCGGCGGAUUUCAACGCGCCACCAGAGCCAACCGAUAACGCAUGGUCUCUGGGCACCUCUUACCAAGCUGCCAGAGAGCCAAUGUCAGGCGGAUUCCAAUCACGAGAUAUGUCCGCUGCUCCCACUCUUCCCCUGCAUAGUACUUUCUUGGAGUGGUCGAUUGAGUACUUCCGCGAGCCUCAGAUGAAGCCCAACGAAGCCGAGGAGCCUGGUAGCACCGACUACAAUGAAAGACUAUGGCGCCGAUCCCGCAACGAAGCUAUACUACGGGAGACGCAGCCUCAGAAGGAGAUUGCCGGUAGUGGUAAAUGGACCACCUCAGCUGGGUUCUUUAACAAUCAGAGUCAGCCAGCUAAUAUGAGCUUUCAUCAAUUCGAGGAUCAUCUUGCAGUAUCCGACGACCGUGAUACAAUCUGUAUCUGGGACUGGAAGAAGCAAGACCGGUUAUGCCGAUUUUCAAAUGGCAAUCCGGAAGGAUCAAAAAUCAGCGAUCUUCAAUUCAUCAAUGAAGACGAUCAGGCGUUCUUGCUUACUGGCUCCUCGGAUGGCGUCAUCAGGAUAUAUAGAAACUAUGAUUCUGAACAAGACGUCGAAGUCGCAUCAGCAUGGAGAGCUCUAACCCACCUUGUCCCCAGUAAUGUCAACUCAGGGAUGGUAUUCGACUGGCAACAAGUGUCUGGAAAGCUACUCGUGGCUGGUGACGUAAAAGUGAUCAGGGUGUGGGCUGCAGCGCCAGAGCUUUGUAUUGUGGACAUCAACGCACGAUCUGGAUCAUGUGUCACUUCUCUCACUUCUGACCAGAUGACAGGCAAUGUUUUCGUUGCUGGAUUUGGCGAUGGUGCCAUUCGAGUUUUUGAUGCUCGCAAUCGGCCUCAAGAGGCGAUGGUCAAGAAGUGGAAAGAUGAAUCGGAUAGAGUGUGGGUCAAGAGUGUUCACAUGCAGCGAGGUGGACAAAGAGAGCUCCUAUCAGCAAGCCGUAAUGGCAAGGUAAAACUGUGGGAUCUCCGAAUGGACAAACCUUUGAAGGUUAUACGAACGACCAAUGAUACCCUACGAACAGCAAGCACUCAUGAGCAUCUUCCUGUAUUUGCUGUCGGAACGGGUAACCAUACGGUCAAAGUCUUCAACUUUGAGGGCAAGGAGCUCUCACGCGUGGAGCCCUAUUCUAGCUUUCUCUACCAAGCCCGACAGGCACCCAUCUCAGCUACAGCAUUCCACCCUCACCGUAUGAUGCUUGCUUCUGCAGCCAGAGGCGAUAACCACAUUAAUCUAUUCACAUGCGCAGAACAGAAGUCCGGAGUGGUACAGGAGUUUUGA